AUGCUAGUACCCUCUUAUUACUUUGACUCUGCCCAGAAAACACCUACCCGGCACCAUCUCAGCUCGAGCAUGGCUCCCAUGGCUCCUCCGCCAGCAUUUGACUUGCGUUCUCAGGUUAUUGAAAACUGCAAGUUCUUCAGUCGUCAGGAUGCGGACAUCUCGUUGGUCACGGCACUGGAACCUCUGGGCAAGUUCAAGGCCCUGGUCCUGAGAGCCGAGCAGGGCGAGCGGGAGGUCCUCAUGUCCGAACUCGCACCUUCUCUCCAAGAGGCCAUCCACGGCCUUCACGUCAAGUCUGCCACGGCUGUGCAGAACUACAUAUCUACCAAUGGAUACGUCUUUGCCCCCAGCCUCAAGAAGAAGCGGAGCCUCAAGCCCUCGAGUGACGACAGCGAGGACGGAAGCGACAGCGACACUGCCUCUGUUUCUUCGACUGUGACGGUUGACCAGUCCCCUUCCACCACCUACGAGGAGGAGUCCUUCUCAGACAACGAGACCGUCUCCGUCACCUCGACUGGUCUGCUCAAGAAGCGCGCCAGGGGUAAACCAGCCAGGAUUUCCAACCCAUACACCCAAGCACCCCCCAAAUCCCAACCCGCCCGCCGCUCUCGCUCCCGUUCCCGGUCCCCCGCCCGAUCUCGCUCCCGCUCAAGGUCAUCUGAUGAAUCCUCCGAAAACGAGCUCGACUCGGACGUGCCAACGGUUGUCCCCCUCGCCAACCGCCGCCCCCCUUUCUUCAACGGCAAUGGGUUCUCCCAACGUGUGCGCUGCGUCCCGCCGCGCGGGUUUCAACCCAUGAUGGCUCCUCCCCCACCCCCACCCCCCGCAGAACACCCAACCCCCAAGCACGCCCCCCCCUUCCCCUCCCUCAUCCCACACCCCCAUUCUUACAUCACACCACCCCCCCCUCCCCUCCCUACCACCAAACCUAAACCCCCUCCCCCCCCCAAUCCUACCAAUCCCACACCUCGCGCGAUCCGCCGCCUCCUCCCCCUCCUCCCCCUCCGCCGCCGCCGCCGAGUGCGGGGACUGGGCAGAGGGAGGAGUAGAGUAGGGCUGGGGAUCAUAGGAUGUGAUGAUUUGGGGGAGGGGUGGGCGGAUUGGGGAGUGGUUGUCUAG